AUGGCGCCCCUUGAACAGGUUUUGUCCAGCAUCUUACUACAAGAGUCACAUAGCUUCUUGAAACUUCCUGUCAGUCCCCUAGCUCAUAUGGAGAGUAGUGGCUCAGAAUAUGCAAUGGACUCAGCAACAAACAGAAACCAUGGCCCCAACCCAUCACCAAAGAACAAGGCAGCAGGUACCAGCACCUUAAAAAGUCUAAAAUACCUUCCUAAAAUGCAGCGGGAUGAUGACAGCUUGGAAUUAACUUCUGAUGGUGCAUAUUUUUCUAUGUACAUGUUGUUUUGGUUGAAUUCUAUUUGCAAAACCAUGAAAGAAGGACCAAUGAAAAGGCGACCUCGUGAGGUGACCCCAACUGGUGAAGACUUUUGUCUCUCGCUCACCGGGGAGCAGGUUCACUCUGGCCCUUGUUCCAGUAACAGUUCCCAGGACAAGAGCCUGAAGAGCUCGUUGAAUGUAAUAGGACAAUGGUUCCCUUCUGCUAACAUCAAUUCUACCCCCCCCCCCACCGCCCAGGGUGUCCGACCCCAGGAGCACCUGUUCCGGAAGCGGAAUUGUGAGGAAGGAAGACUUUUGGGUAUCUACAGAAGAACACUGGAAGCCAAGCGAGCUGCCAGUGCAAAUGCCCUGGGACAGCGUGGACCAGAGGUCUACAACCAGCAAGAACAGCAAUUGAACAGAAAUGUGCUAUUACAGGCAUCCAUGUCAUUCAAGGAUGUGACUGUGGAGUUCACCCAGGAAGAAUGGCAGAAAAUAGGCCCCACUCAGUGGACUCUGUACAGAGAUGUGAUGCUGGAGAUCUACAGCCACCUCGUCUCCGUGGGGUAUUGCUAUACAAAACCAGAAGUGAUCUUCAGGUUGGAGCAAGCAAAAGAUCCAUGCUUGUUAGAGAAAGAAUUUCUAAUCAGGAGAUUCUCAGACUCUGAAAACAAAGAAUAA